AUGAGAACGGCCCUCCUUCUGCUCGUUGUACUCCUUGCCGUCGCGCCCGCCCAGGCAGACUGGUGGGACAGCGCGAAUGACAAGAUUGCCAACGCGUUCACAAGUUUGGGCGAGUGGUGGCGUGGCGAAGCUGCGCCCACGAUUCGCGAGAAGUUCGACGAGGCCAAGGCGACGGCCAAGGAUCCCGAAUUCCACAAACGAUAUAUGACCUGGAUCAAGGAGAAAGCUGUGGCGGCAAAGGAAUUUGCGGAAGCCGAAGUGGUGCCCCACCUAAAGGACAUCUAUCGAGCUGGGAAGAGCGCGAUCACGGAUAUCCAAAAAGAAGAUGGCGUGAAAGUUGAUCAGACUCCA